AGCAACAGCCAUAAGCAGCUGAGCGUCUGGGCCAGCGGCCCUCCCUGCACCCGCCGACGCUCCUCGCCGUCGUGGAGAUCCUUCGCCGAGGUGCCUGUGGAUCCGGUACGGGAGUUGCCACCGCGGUCCGAGUCCCCGCUGCCGCCCCGCGCAUCCGUUCGCAGGAGCGCCGGUGCCCAGUGGUGCGCUGUGCAGCAUGUCGCUGCAUGCGUGGGAAUGGGAGGAGUACCCCGCAAGCAUAGAGCCCAUCACCUCCAUCACCAGCUUUUCCCAGUUCACGAGCGAGUGUGACGUGGAGGAACACCUGAAAGCCCAGGCCAGGGCCCAAGAGUCCGACUCUGACCGCCAGUGCAACAGCGUCGCGUCCUCCUCUGAGCCUGCCAGCACCUUCAGCUCCGACGUGCCCCACGUGGUCCCCUGCAAAUUGUCCAUCUCACUGGCCUUUCCUGUGAAUAUGGGUCAUAAGGGAAAAUAUGCAAGUUUGAUGGAAAAAUAUAAGAAACACCCUAAAAUGGACAGCUGUGUUGCAAAGAUGCGUCAUUUUUACCACAUUGAGUAUUUCCUUCUGCCGGAUGAUGGAGAACCUAAAAAAGUUGACAUACUGCUAUUUCCAAUGGUGGCCAAAGUGUUCCUGGAGUCAGGAAUAAAGACCGUGAAGCCGUGGCAUGAAGGUGACAAAGCCUGGGUGUCAUGGGAGCAGACUUUUAAUAUCAGUGUGACAAAGGAAUUAUUAAAGAAAAUAAAUUUUCACAAAAUCACCUUGAGCCUUUGGAACAUUAAGGAUAAGGUGUCAAGAAAAGCCAGAUAUUAUCGAUUGAAGACUGCCGGUCUCACAGACGACGUGGGAGCUUUUCAUAAGUCAGGUGCUCUGGUUUUAUUUGAAAUGGUUCUGGAAGUCUGGGGCUUACUCACUAGUAGCAGCAUAAAAGCCAGUGUCUCCUGGUUUCCUCCCUCUAAUUGGUAUGUGCACACAGAGGUUUUUGGAUCUGUGGCAGGGCAUUCCACUAGGUCGUGCUGUGGAGAUAGGAAGGGCCACCCCGGGCAGUGA